AUUGAGUUUAUGUUGUUUCCCUGAAGUCUUUUAAUUCUCCAAAUUACUUUUGCUUGCAGGGAUGGAGGUAAUGUCCAGCACCCCUCUAAGACUUCAUAGUUCUGUCUCAUUUUUUGCCCUCCCCAACAUUCCCUGUCCUUGCCUGUGAAACUUCUUAUCCCAGUUUCUCAGGUUUAGUUUCUUAAAUGUAUAGUUUUGGGGACAACCUUUGAAUUGACAUUGGAAAUUGCCAGUAGCGUUUGUCUGUAGUCCUAAUGUGAAGAUGAUGGAUCAAUUGCACUGUGAGAAUUAACUCUGUCCCCUAUGAAUAUGCUCUUCUUGCCCUACCCCCUACCAUAGUACAUAUGUUAGCAACAUUGUAAUUUUACUUUGGCGAUGUUUAACUGCCCAGAAACAUAAAAGCACGAUUCACUUGGUUUGAAAAGCUGCUGCUAAGAGUUCAUUGUUAUAUCAGUUUUGAAAAUCACUGACAAUUUUUUACAAACAUGCAUCCAGGACAGUUUUUUUUUUUCUCUCAGCUAUAUUUUUUUCUAUAACCUAUCUAUGCAUAUGUUUCCUUUCCACUCAGUGCUUUUUCUCAUAAUAUGGAUUUGACAUUUAAGAGGCAGUUUUUAAUUUGUUUGUACUUAUUUGACUUAAUAUAUGAUGUAUAUCCCACUGACUGUUGCCCAUUAAUGUUAUUGCUUUAACUAGAAGAACUUUUUCUUGCUAUAACUUGACAUAAGCAACAGUGCAAUUUUUUUUUUUCAUUUUCUAUGAUUUGUUCUUUGGUGCCUUGAACAUUUAAGUCAUUUUCUGUAUUGUGCCCCAGAUAGCAGCUUUGAACUAGUGGAAGAGGAGUGUUCUUAUAAGUCACGUUUGUUUUCAGAUGAAUGACCUGAGUGUUCCUAAGUUAUGCUGUUUUAAAAGGAAAUAUGAAUCUCCUUGUGAGGUGUUAUUUUUUACCAUUUUAAUACAACAGGUAACAAUGAUGUUCAUUGCUGGAAAAUUGAAUAGAUUGUAUUUUUUAUUUGAUGGAGGUACAUAUCUCUCACAUCUUAAAGCCUUGUUUGUGGGGUCUUCCUGGGGCUGUAUUUAAGUUGUAUGAAAGAAAGAUGGAAAUUCUGUUGGGUUUUGUCAGUUCGUUUUGUUGUCGUUUUUAAUCCAAUUAUAUAUGAUUUCCAUAUAGAUCUGCUUUUGAUGAGCAGGGCUUAUCUGGCAAAUUAAUUUCAGUUAAGAAAGCUUUCUUUAAGGCUGAGUCAUUUGUUAUUCUCCAGGAAACUAGAACAAGAAGGGCUGUGGUUGAUGCAGUAUUAGAAUAAGUAAAUGUAAUCUGUGUUUUUGUUUUAUGAGCUCUGUUACUUCAGUAUUGUCAGCUGAGCUUUCAUUUAUCUUUAGAGUUCAUUGGUACUUUUUCCAUUUCUUUUGGCUGAAUCGUAACUGAAGGAAUUUCGACGUUCUGUAUUGUUUACAAAUUGAGAUUCUGUUAUUUAAAGGCACUUAUUCUAUGUCUAAUUUAUUUCCAGUUAAUGGGAUGUUUUUCCAUAUUUUUGCUUUGCUUAGUUUAACAUAUAGUAGAAUGUAUUUUCUGUACUUCAUGGUGUUUUUAUGCUGUUCUCUAAUCAAUAUCAUAGUGCACUUUGAAUCACUGAUUGUCUUGACCGUGUUCUAACAUGCAUGGUCCAGAAUUAUUUUUUAAAUUGUUAUUUUAUUUUUUUAUCUCUUGGUGUUGUGGCAAAUAAGAUACAGGUGGAUUCUGCUUGCUAUCUUGUGCAUGGAAGCAGACUAACCAUGUUUAAUGCUUUACUCUAUGUUUACCUCCCCGUGCUGGUUCUCCAUCCUCCACCUCUGUCUAGUCAGGUGCAUUAUGUGAUACUUAUUUGUAUUGUGUCUUUUUUAAUCAAAGAAUAUUGCCCACGAUUUGGGCUGGCAAUUCUGCCAUUUGUUUGUAGAUUAAUUUUCAUUCUAAAUCUAAAAACCCAACGAUUUUUCUUACAAAAUAUGAUUAUUAAGUCUUGCAUGAAGAUGUGUGUCAGGCUCUUAUAGACUUGUUACCUUUUUUGUUCAGUAUAAAUGAAGGUGUAACCCAGAGAAUAAAAAGACUCUGUAUUAGUUUCCCCCCUCCCAUCAUAAAAUCUGAUAGAACUCACAUCUGACCUGUGCAGAGCUACUGAAAAUAGAGCAGCAAGCUUUUAAUAACUUGGAUAAAGCUGUACAUAUGACUGCCAGGGGAGCUGUGGUGUGGGGCAGUGAAAGUAACACUGGGCCUUUGACUCGAGCGUGAAGAUGGCACCUCUGUUCAUGUUGACCUACCUUGAUAAUUAGAAGGGCUGUAAUUGUUACUACUCAAAUUAAUGAUGCUUGUUUGAGAAUAUAUUGAGCUUAGACAACUGGACAUUUCAGCCUUUCAUCCAUGAUGGCUAUUGUGAAUGAUAUUUUGAUCUAUUCAGUGAAAUAUUGUAGGUUAUUACAAUGCAGCUUUUGUGAGGAAGCCAGUCUUUGAUGUAGUGGUUUAGUUUCAGGAUGCUGUCAAAAUAGUCUUUGCCAGCAUAGUUGCAGCAUACGGUCCUUGAUUUUGAAAAAUACUGAGCAGAUUGGCAUAUUCCAGCAAUGUGCUUGGAUUGUAAUGUAAAAAUACAACUUCAUUGCCAACAGUCCUGUAACAUAAAAGUGAAGCAGUUGGCACUAGGAGGGUGAUCAGCAAAAGUGGAAUCAGCGGACAGUUUGGGUUUUUAUAGAACACUUGAGAAAAGAGCAAAGUCUCUUAUUCAGUCUAUUUCUAGAAUUUCUUCAUGCUUGAGAGGCUAGGUAGGAGGACUGUACUUGAGAGUACCUCUUUGCUCUUGAGGUCAACUCCAGAAGCCUAUUGUAGGAGUUGGUGUCUUAGUGAAGAGGACCACUCUUGCAAGCAGGAAAAAGUUUGUCUGCCGUGAACAUAGAUCUCCAGAAGUUAAUUUACAAGGCUGCUUGUAGGGAUUCCGGUGUGUAUCUUUGAAGUGGGAAUCUUGAUUUAUUCCUCUUCACCCCUUUAAAUCCAUCAGGUACCUUUUUGUAGAGAGGCAUUAGAAGUGGUUAAAGCAAGUGUGAAGGGUCCCACUGAUCUGUAAUUAAAAUCACUGUUUUCCAGUGUCUCUCACUUAAAUACAUUUUCUUUUUUUUUCUCCGUUGGAUUGGGAUGGUAUCGCAAGUGUCUGAUUGAAAGGAAUUAAAGGAAUUAGAUAUGAAAGGAUAAUCAUGGGUCAAACCGGAAAAAAAUCUGAGAAGGGACCAAUUUGUUGGAGAAAACGCGUAAAAUCAGAAUAUAUGAGACUGAGACAGCUUAAGAGGUUCCGACGUGCGGAUGAAGUAAAGAGUAUGUUUAAUUCUAAUCGUCAGAAGAUAUUGGAAAGAACUGAAAUCUUAAAUCAAGAAUGGAAACAACGUAGGAUACAGCCUGUUCACAUCAUGACUUCUGUGAGCUCAUUGCGCGGGACCAGGGAGUGCUCUGUUACCAGCGACAUAGAUUUUCCGAAACAAGUCAUCCCUCUGAAGACUCUCAAUGCUGUUGCUUCUGUGCCUAUAAUGUAUUCUUGGUCUCCCCUUCAACAGAAUUUUAUGGUAGAGGAUGAAACUGUUUUACAUAACAUUCCAUAUAUGGGAGAUGAAGUGCUUGACCAGGAUGGUACCUUUAUUGAAGAACUCAUCAAGAACUAUGAUGGGAAAGUGCAUGGAGACAGAGGUGAGCCCAAACACUCAGAGUGUGGAUUUAUCAAUGAUGAAAUAUUUGUUGAGCUGGUCAAUGCCCUUGGUCAAUAUAGUGAUGAUGAAGAUGAUGAUGAUGGAGAUGACAAUCCUGAGGAAAGAGAUGACAAGCAAAAAGAUCGGGAAGGUAACAGGAUGGAGAAAGAAAGCCGCCCACCUCGGAGAUUUCCUUCUGACAAGAUAUUUGAAGCCAUUUCCUCCAUGUUUCCGGACAAGGGUACAGCAGAAGAACUGAAAGAGAAAUAUAAAGAACUCACUGAGCAGCAGCUUCCCGGAGCUCUUCCUCCUGAAUGCACACCGAACAUAGAUGGACCAAAUGCGAAAUCCGUUCAGAGGGAGCAAAGCCUGCACUCUUUCCACACGCUCUUCUGUAGACGCUGUUUUAAAUAUGAUUGCUUCUUACAUCCAUUCCAUGCAACUCCUAAUACUUAUAAACGAAAGAAUACAGAAACAGCAUUAGAUAAUAAGCCUUGUGGACCGCACUGUUAUCAACAUUUGGAAGGUGCAAAGGAGUUUGCAGCUGCCUUGACCGCUGAGCGUAUAAAGACACCACCAAAGCGCCCGGGUGGCCGCCGGAGGGGGAGACUUCCAAACAACACCAGCAGACCCAGCACACCAACAAUAAAUGUCUUGGAAUCAAAAGACACGGAUAGCGAUCGAGAAGCUGGAACGGAAACUGGAGGAGAAAACAAUGAUAAAGAAGAAGAAGAAAAGAAAGAUGAAACAUCGAGUUCCUCUGAAGCAAAUUCUAGGUGUCAAACACCAAUAAAGAUGAAGCCAAAUAUUGAGCCUCCGGAGAAUGUGGAAUGGAGUGGUGCAGAAGCCUCAAUGUUUAGAGUUCUUAUUGGCACCUACUAUGACAACUUCUGUGCAAUUGCCAGACUGAUUGGGACCAAAACGUGCAGACAGGUGUAUGAGUUUAGAGUAAAGGAAUCUAGUAUUAUUGCACCAGUCCCUGCUGAAGAUGUUGAUACUCCUCCCAGAAAGAAGAAAAGGAAACACAGGUUGUGGGCUGCUCAUUGCAGAAAGAUACAGCUGAAAAAGGAUGGGUCAUCGAAUCAUGUUUACAACUAUCAGCCAUGUGAUCACCCACGUCAGCCUUGUGAUAGCUCAUGCCCAUGUGUAAUUGCUCAAAACUUCUGUGAGAAGUUUUGUCAGUGCAGCUCAGAAUGCCAAAACCGGUUUCCUGGAUGUCGUUGUAAAGCACAAUGCAACACCAAGCAGUGUCCGUGUUACCUGGCUGUGCGUGAGUGUGAUCCUGACCUCUGUCUCACGUGUGGAGCAGCUGACCACUGGGACAGCAAAAAUGUUUCUUGCAAGAACUGCAGCAUUCAGAGAGGAUCCAAAAAGCACUUACUAUUGGCACCUUCAGAUGUGGCGGGCUGGGGAAUUUUUAUCAAAGAUCCUGUACAGAAGAAUGAAUUCAUCUCUGAGUACUGUGGUGAGAUUAUUUCUCAGGAUGAGGCAGACAGAAGAGGAAAAGUGUAUGACAAAUACAUGUGCAGCUUUCUGUUUAACUUGAAUAAUGAUUUUGUGGUUGAUGCAACACGCAAGGGCAACAAAAUUAGAUUUGCAAACCAUUCAGUAAAUCCCAACUGCUAUGCAAAAGUUAUGAUGGUUAAUGGUGAUCACAGAAUAGGAAUAUUUGCUAAAAGAGCCAUUCAGACUGGUGAAGAACUGUUCUUUGACUACAGAUAUAGCCAAGCUGAUGCCCUUAAGUAUGUGGGCAUUGAAAGAGAAAUGGAAAUCCCUUGACACCAGCUACCUCUUCUUUUAAACAAACAGCUGCCUUAUCUUCAGGAAUUUCUAGUACUGUGGGCAAUUUUAGAAAAAUAAAAACGAUGCAAUUUGAAAUUAUGUAUUUGCAAAGUACUGUAACAGUAAUUUAUAGUAACAAAUUUUAAAAAAAACAACUUUUUAUUGCCUUCUCACCAGCUGCAAAGUGUUUUGUACCUAUGAACUUUUGCAAUAAUGUGGUGUGGUACAUUUUUCAACCUUGAAUAAAGGAUACUUGAACUUCUUCAUUUUUACUGGAA